AUGGACCUCUUGGAAUCGCAAUAUGGUGUCAGGAAAUCGAUUCGUUCACAGCCGAAACAGCAGAUGGAACUUAUCAUUUCAAACCAUAUUUCGUCACCCACGUUAUUUCUAAUGAAUGAUACCCAGUCAGUGAAUAUCUGGAUGCUGUUAAAGUGGGGAAAGCUUUGUGACUUUGUGCAACAGGAAGUUAGCAGUGAUGACUUGACAUCAAUGACUUACCAAACAUACAAACAGAUUGGUGUGAACAAAAGCCUGUGGAAAAAGAUUCGCCCCCAGCUGCAGAGAGAGAUCGAAGACCAGGGUGGUGCUUUAAAAGUAUUAUACGACAUAUUCAUCGCUCCAAUUUCACACUCGAUAGGUGACGAACUCGUCAUUGUCCCUGACGGUUCAUCGUUCUUGAUUCCUUAUGUUGCCCUCGUGGACCAAAACUCCAGGUAUUUAAAUGAAACGCGUAGAAUUAGAUUGAUUCCAUCACUGACAAGCUUAUGGCUGCUGGCAGAAUGUCCGGAGGACCGCCGUAGUUCAUCCGAGGCUCUACUUGUUGGCAACCCGUGGGUGGAAACUGUACGCAUCAAAGGCUGCAAACCGUUUCCGCAGCUUCCAGGUGCUGAGGAAGAGGUAAAAAUGAUUGGGCAAAUUCUAAACAUCGAGCCUCUCACCGGAAAGAACGCCACAAAAGAUCGGGUUUUAAGCGGGCUCAACUCAGUUUCAUUAGUGCACAUAGCAGCUCAUGGUCGUACAGAAACCGGAGGAAUCAUUUUGUCUCCUAAUUUUUCUAGUAGUGCCAAAAGACCUAAAGAGAAAGACUUUCUUUUGACGAUGGCAGAUGUGUUGGAUGCAAAAGUGCGCGCCAAGCUUGUUGUCUUAAGCUGCUGCAACAGUGGGCGAGGAAAUAUCAAAGUCGAAGGAGUGGUUGGUAUUGCACGUGCCUUUUUAGGAGCUGGUGCGCGUUCUGUUAUUGCCACACUGUGGGCGAUUGAUGACGAAGCCACUCUUGCGUUUAUGAGACACUUUUACGAACAUUUAGUAGCAGGGAAAAGUGCAAGUAAGUCACUUCAACAUGCCAUGAAAAGGAUGCGGGAGACGGAAAAAUUCAAGGCCGUGAAGUACUGGGCUCCAUUCGUGCUGAUUGGUGAUGACGUAACAAUGGAUUUUGGCCAAUAA